AUGGCAGGUCAUUCUUCAUGGGAAGAACAACGUUAUUUAUAUCCUCAUGAUAUCCGAGAUAAAUUUCCAAUAUGGGAACGUGAUUUUAAUAUUCAACCAUUUAAAUAUGAACGUUCACGUUUACCAUUUCGUAUGACAAAUGAAGAACGUUUAUGGCGUAAACAAUGGCUUCAAGAUCAAGUUCUAGCAGCCGAUGAACCUAAAAAUGUACCAAAUCUACAUAAACUUCAUAAAAACCCUAUUCGUUAUAGAUGGAUGGUAUUUUGGGAUAGUAUAUUCAAUCGAUUACGUCCAGUUGUUGGUAAUACUGCAGCAUCUGUGCUUCGUCAAACAGUUCCAAAAUUUCUUCUUAUUCAUUUGGGUGUCUUAAGUGGAAUAUAUAUGGUGCUUUAUCAUAAACAAGAAUGGGAAAAAUAUGGUGGAGUUCAAGUUUAUGGUUAUAAAGGAAACCAUGUUGAAAGUAUAAGUUCAUGGAAAACACUUGAUUCAACUGAUUAUGUCGAUCGUGGUUUUAAAGAACGUACAAGUAACCGUUGGACUGACCAUAAAUAUUAA